AUGCAGGCUUCCACGAGUGCCCACGAGGCUGGCGGGCAUGCGACGCGGAGAGGUCAUGCCGCCCAUCUAUCAAUUAGCGAUCCAAGCCACCAUGUGACGGAAGCCAUCGGACACAUGUACGACGACAACUACGAGCUUAAUGAUGCGAGACGCCUGAGCUAUAUAACAACCCCCCUCGGCGAGUCAAUAACAACCAUCUCGCGCCCCGCCGCAGGAUCCGAGUCCCUUUCUCCGUCCUCGCCACUUCACCGAUCCUCGUUCGACGGGCAAACAAUACGGGCAAAUGGAAGCCAACGGCCGCCGCCUGUUUCGAACCGGUCUUUCGAUCGGGAAAGUGAUCCCGGGCAUUCCGAUGGUGCUCGCAUGCCCUCGGACACUGCAACGUCCUCUUUUCCUCUCAACGAUAUCGACUAUGAAUCGAACCCUGCAGCCGUCGUCCAAGAACUGAACAAUCUGGCCGCGAUUCGGCGCAUGUCGAUGGAUGUGGCCGCCGCCGGUGACCCUGACCUCCCAGGCUUCGCAUCACCCCCCUCGCCCUCGGCCGACGAAGAUGACGCCUCCCGGUUAUUCUGGGUUCCUGCGCGACUACACCCCGAACUGGCCCCAAAAGAGUUCAAAUCUUUUCUCGAUAGCAAGGCCGACCAUAUUAAACGCAGAUCCGGGGAAUAUUCGACUUUAGGUUCUGAACGCCAAGGGUCAGGAGGUGGUCUGAAUCGGAAGCGCUCUAUGUUAUCGAGACAAAUCGAUAAUUCUUCAGGUUAUACAGAUGGCGCGGAUCGGUUGGAACAUAAACGCUCUCAAUCAAGUAAGCGAGCUGGCAUGUUGAGUCCCAACUUGCAACAGUUGGAAAGCUUGGUGGAUGAUUCUCAACCGAUGAACAAGGAAUCACUCGUGCGCGGCAUACAGAAUAUCGGUAUCGCAGGAAUCGAAGACAGGCCGAUCCUGCCCCCUGCACCUCCGGGAAACAGCCUACGCCGAUCAACCCGGACACAAUAUAAGAAAGCGGGCAGUUUGAAAAAGGGCGAAAAGUUACCCUACUCUAAACGAGUUGGACGAGGAGCAUCUGAAUCUGCAGGAAGUGAUACAGGACCUUCGGUUGUUCUACCACCUCAAGAGCCCACGAUUAUGGGGCUCACCCGUGUUUCGACGGAUCCUACUCCCAAAACGACGCGUGCGGCUCGAGCUCCCUCUGCCUCAUCACAUGGCUCAGCUUAUGCCCCAAGUUCACCCGUGAGUUCGACAUUCGAUCCGAUUCUCGACCAGCCUGAGGCCGAGCAGGAAGGCUUGCCCACCUCAGGUGGGCAAGCGGAUGCUGCUCUGGAUCGACCCGAGUCAGGAGAUGGGGCCAAUUCACGGAAAUGGCAUUCUCGUAUCAGCUCAAAUGGCCGAUCUACCUUGAACAUUGCCGCAGACGACCAGAAGAUCCCCGCAAUUAUUGAAACACCUCCCGCUGAAUCCAACCGCAUACCAAGUCCCCCUUCACAAAGUAGGGGGUCAUCGGAUCGUGCAACAUCGGAUCGUGCCGCGGUAUCUACGCCGUCGUCGAAACCCGCGACUUCGCAUGACCCGCCACCAAAACGCCCCAAGAAUCCUCGCCUCCCUCCCCACGAACCCGCAUCUUCGCUCAAUGACUUUGCCAAUAGCCCUCAGAUGAUACCUGGUAAUAGUACCCGCACCGACAGUCUUUCAUUCAUCCCUACCGUCUCAGAAGAACGCAAACCUGAAGAACGGAAAUCCGAGAGCAAGAAAUCCAAAGACAAGAAGGACUCUGAUGGUAGCCGCAAGUCUAGUUGGCACUGGUUGCUGGGCAGCGAAGAAAAAGACAAGAAGAAGGACAAGGACAGCGACUCGAAAAAGACCAAAUCAAAGAUUGCCGACAAAACCCAUGACAGCACACGUCUGGACGUUUUACAAUCAUCUAUCGAGAGCACUCCGCGGGGACGCGAAAGUCUUGUCUUGGACCGCCUUGAUCCGAAGCUUGAUGAAGAACGACGCAAAGACGGCGUGAGGAGAGCGUCGGGAGAUUCAAAGAAAGAAAAGGAUGGCAUUUUCUCUUCUAUUUUUGGUGGCGGACGAAAGAAGCACGCUAAUGAAGGCCAUCACCGAAAACAUUCGUCUCGAAACCUUUCUCCCGAGCCCCCAAUGCGACUACUUCGCGCCGACGUUGAUUAUCCAUGGUCUCGCUUUUCGAUUUUAGAGGAGCGAGCCAUUUACCGGAUGGCGCAUAUCAAGCUUGCGAAUCCCCGGCGAGCUCUGUACUCCCAAGUAUUACUGAGCAACUUCAUGUACUCAUACCUGGCCAAGGUACAGCAGAUGCACCCGCAGAUGCCGGUUGCUUCAUCUGGGUCAUCCCAGAGAUCAUCGAAAUCAAGAGAUCAGCCAGAUGAGUAUUUGCAAUAUCAGCGAUACCAACAGUCACAGGAGCAACAGCAACAACAACACUACGGAGAAAGUGCCUACGACGACUCUUCCAUGUACGACUAUGAUGACGAUCCGCAUGAUCGCGAUCGCUACGGUAGCCAUUCGAGGAGCGACAAGCAGGGCUAUGAAAAUGGCCAAGCUUACGGCCCGGGCCACUACCAGUACGGACACUCGUCCUUUGGCGACGACGUCCAACUUGAUGACGACGAUGACGACGAUAUGUGGUGA